AUGUACCCCACAGACCUGGCAAAGGUGGCAAAGGCUGGGGCCUCUUGUCGUGUUGCGUGUACCCGACAGAGCUGGCAGACGAGGCAAGGCGGGAACCCACCCCCUUGGCGUAGGGUUGGGCACAUGCAACGCGCCAGAGGGGUCCACCCUUGCCACCUUUGCCAGGUCUGUCGGGUACAUGCAGCACGCCAAGGGGGUGGGUUCCCGCCUUGCCUCGUCUGCCAGCUCUGUCGGGUACACGCAACACGACAAGAGGGCCCAGCCUUUGCCACCUUUGCCCGGUCUGCAGGGUACAGCAAAAAGCGGGAAGGGGUCAGAAGUGGGCGCUUUGAGGCCUUCCCGCCCGGCAGCCCCUCGACAGACCUGGCCAAUAAGGUGGCAAGGCUGGACCCCUCUGGCGGGGUCCACCCCCGAUCCAUCCACAGGGGGGGGGCCUCCCUCCCUGGUACAUAUAUAA